GCUCCACCUGAGCUUUAAAAAGAACAUCCAAUGAUUGCUCCAAGAUCCCCCUCAAAAGACUAAUUGAGUUGGGGUAACUAUGAUUUUGAGGCCGUUUUGAUUGUAUGCAUAUGAUCAGCCUUAUUUGAACUGCCAAGUCAUAGUGCAUUCCGCCGUAACCCUUCGUUGCGUCCCUCCAACCAAAACACCACCACACCAAGCAAAUUCGAAAGCCUGGGGUCUUGAUUGAUAUCGCAGUAUAUCAGACCACACGAACUCGAGUGAGUGUGAAAAAGCCUGACCCUGCAGGUAUAUUGCCAGAACCUUGCACUUCUUGUCACCAUGUCACGAAUAUCAACAUCUAUCCUCAGCAGGUAUCUGUUGAAAGGACAGAUACCUCGUCAAGGAUGUAUCAGUGCGCGCCAUGUAUCCAGACACACAUCACUGCCAUCAGCGGCCAUAACCAUCGCCAAUACGACAAGGCGGUUGCAUGCUGCUCCUGAAGUUGUCACACCACCUCCCGACCAACCAGUGCCUUUACGGAAGCAGCUCAAGGACGAAGCCAAGAAGGCCAAGAAGCAAGGCAAAAAGAAGCCAAAGGGUGAUUCUCAAACUGUCGAUGGUUGGGAAUUGACCGUUGGUAUCGAGAUUCACGCUCAAUUGAACACCGCCCGCAAGUUAUUCUCGCCAGCUGUUACGUCUUUCAACGAUGAACCCAACAGCCAUGUUGCGCUUUUCGAUGUUGCCAUGCCAGGAAGCCAGCCCUUGUUUCAGAAGGAAACUUUAAUUCCCGCUUUGCGUGCAGCCUUGGCCUUGAACUGCGAAGUCCAAGAGGUCAGCCGAUUUGACCGAAAACACUAUUUCUGGUGGGAUCAGCCCUCUGGAUACCAAAUCACUCAGUACUAUGAACCUUUCGCCAAAAAUGGGUAUAUCACUCUUCUGGCUCGAGAUGGAAUUUCUCCUCAAGAUGGCGAAAGGGUGACGAUCGGAAUCAAGCAGGUUCAGCUCGAGCAGGAUACCGCCAAGACGCUCGCUCAGGCUGGCAAGGUUCAAUGGCUCGACUUCAACCGUGUGGGUGUUCCUCUUAUUGAAAUUAUUACCGAGCCUGAACUUCAUCAUCCUCGCACUGCUGCUGUUCUUGUGCGCAAGAUUCAGAUGUUGUUGAAUACCGUCGAUGCCUGCGUCUCGGGUAUGGAAACAGGAGGUCUGCGAGCUGAUGUCAACGUUUCUGUUCGAAGAACCGAUGGAUCUAACCCAUCUCUCGGCACAAGAACCGAGAUCAAGAACCUGAGUACCAUCAAAGCGGUUGAAGAUGCAAUCAUUGCAGAACGUGACCGUCAAAUUCGCGAGUUAGAGGCCGGACGCUCUAUUCCCAGUGAAACUCGCGGUUGGUCUAUUGGGUCUACUGAAACACGGCGACUACGUGGAAAAGAGGGCGAAGUUGACUAUCGAUAUAUGCCAGACCCUGAUAUCGCGCCUCUUGUCAUUGGAAACGACCUGGUAGGCCACUUGCGUCAGUCACUGGCUGUCACUCCUGAUUCGGAGCUGGACACUCUGAUUGCCCGAUUUGGCCUUACGGCCAAGGAUGCGUUGUCUCUGAUUAACCUGGAGAAUGGUUCACGUGUUCAAUACUACUAUAAGGUCCUUCGCUCCAUCCAGGACAAGCUUUCGGAAGAUCUCGGUGAGGCCGAAAUGCCCGAAUUCAAGAGCUAUUCUGCUCUGGUGGGUAACUGGAUCAUCCACGAACUUGGCCGCCUGACUACCUACAAGGCUGGCCCACUUGCAGCCCGAGAUCUGACGUUCACGCCAGAAGGCGAUUGCGAGCAAGUUCCUGACUCAGACCUGUCACAGCUUCUUUACCAUCUGAUACGCAAACAAAUCACGGGCAAAGUUGCCAAGGAACUUCUCUUUGCCAUCUAUUUAAAGGAGAUCGAAGGUGGAGUCACUCAAGCAAUUGCAGAGAACGAUUUGUGGUUCAAAGAGAUUCCCGAAGAGGAAUAUGAGCAGUUGGCUGAUGAGGCCAUGGAAGGAGAGCACAAGAUCUUACAGGAGUUCGCUAGCUCUGAGACAUUUCCUCAGGGCAAGCUCAUGUUCCUUGUGGGAAAGAUGAUGCGACUCGGGCCUACUGAGCGCAUCGUUCCUGCAAAUGCUGAACGUGUCAUGAGGGCAAAGGUUGAGGGUCUUCGAAACCCGUGAUUCACCCAAAGCCAGAGGAAAUGUAACAAUGAUCAAUAACACAAUUCUUCUCCCGUCACCUGAAGUGUUCACCUAAGAACUUCGUGCCACCGCAUUGUUGAUUGACGAUGGCUUUUAGCCCACGACUAAAGAUAGUUUACCAGUCCAACAAUGAGGCUUUGGCCGGGCUUCACUGGUGUCGCCAGUGGUCCUCUUGCGCGCUGAAGCACAAGGUAGCAAACACGGAUCAGUCGAUACAAGGCAUGGCACAGUACCUAGAAUAAAUCUCUCUUUCUCUUCU